AUGUCGGAUUCACCGCAGCCUCGCUUUGAAACGCUACAACUCCACGCCGGUCAUGAACCCGACUCGGCCACCAAUUCCCGGGCAGUGCCCAUCUACGCGACUACGUCGUACCAAUUCAAUGAUUCGGCACAUGGCGCCAGACUCUUCGGCCUUAAGGAGUUCGGCAACAUCUACAGCCGUAUCAUGAAUCCGACGGUGGAUGUUUUCGAAAAGCGAAUUGCGGCCCUGGAAGGGGGAGUGGCAGCCGUGGCAGCCUCCUCGGGACAGGCCGCUCAGUUCAUGGCAAUCUCGGCGCUGGCGCAUGCUGGCGACAACAUCGUGUCGACCAGUAACUUAUACGGCGGCACGUAUAAUCAAUUCAAGGUUUUGUUCCCGCGGCUGGGAAUCACCACCAAAUUCAUCCAGGGAGAAAACCCGAGCGACAUUGCCGCUGCCAUCGAUGAUCACACGAAGGCCGUCUACGUCGAGACGAUCGGAAACCCUCGCUACAACGUACCUGACUUCGAGGCAAUUGCCAAGGUCGCUCAUGAAAAGGGCGUCCCGUUGGUGGUCGAUAACACGUUUGGGGCUGGCGGUUACUUCUGUCGUCCCAUCGAUCACGGAGCCGACAUAGUCGUUCAUAGCGCAACCAAAUGGAUCGGGGGUCACGGCACCACCAUCGGCGGCGUCGUGGUCGACAGCGGGAAAUUCGACUGGGGCAAACACGCCGCCCGCUUCCCACAGUUUGUCGAGCCUUCCGAAGGCUACCACGGCUUGAAAUUCUGGGAGACCUUCGGACCGCUUGCUUUUGCGAUCCGGGUCCGCGUAGAAAUCCUCCGCGACGUGGGGUCGGCACUCAACCCCUUCGCCGCGCAGCAGCUCUUGCUGGGACUGGAGACUCUGAGUCUGCGUGCCGAGCGCCAUGCAGACAAUGCACGGGUUCUGGCUGACUGGCUUCGGAGCAACGAGAACGUGAGUUGGGUGUCGUACCCCGGAUUAGCAGACCACCCCAGCCACGAAACCGCCCGGCGCUAUUUGCCGCGCGGGUUUGGCGGUGUUUUAUCCUUCGGGGUCAAGGGGGGCGCGGCGGCCGGUAGUCAGGUCGUCGACGGCUUCAAAUUGAUCUCCAAUCUUGCCAACGUGGGCGAUUCCAAAACGCUGGCCAUCCACCCUUGGUCAACCACGCACGAGCAACUGACCGAGCAGGAACGCCUUAAUUCCGGGGUCACUGAGGACGGGAUUCGGAUAUCGGUGGGCACCGAGCAUAUCGACGAUAUUAUUGCGGAUUUUACCCAAUCCUUCCAGGCCGCAAGGGGUGUUCAGGCUGAGUAG